CAACAACAUACAGAGAGAGAGAGAGAGAGAGAGAGAGAGAGAUUUUAGAGAGAGAGCGAUCGAUUCGUUUCCUUUUGUGCCUAUUGGUGUGCAUCACUGGCGAAAAAGUCCUCACAGAACCAAUCUCUCCGGUACUUCCAGAUAUACCUUCGAAUCAAGUACAUCCAAUGACCAAAAAGUGUGAAAAGGAGUCCACUUUCAGUAGGCUUUUUGUGGGCUCCAGAUCUUGAUUUUGCUCACGAUCCCCCACAACAUCAAACAUGGGUUCUUCUCAUACCACAAUCUCAAUCAAAAUUUCUACUAGCUUCUAAACCUGGGUGUUCAUUCAUUCAGUCCGUCAAUCACUCCCCUGCUUGCUUAUCAUUUUCAUGUCCCCAUUCAAAUGGGUCACAGAUAUUCAGCAUUUUCCAGGAAAAUUGGGGGCUUUGGUUUGUUGAACUGAUCUGGGUUUUCUUGCUGUUGACUCAGUGGGUAUAAGUUUCUUGAUCAAUCGAUGGAGAAGGUUCAAGAUCACAAGUUCGCGUGUGAUUUGCAGCAAAAUUUGUUGGUCGAUUGAUGGAGGAAGUUCAAGAACACAAGUAUGUGUGCAAGAUUCGGAUCAAGAUUCCAUUCAUUUCCCUUGCUUCCUUAGUGUCUACGUUUUUCUUUCAAAAGUGAUAAGACAACAGAUUCAGCAGGAAAAUUAGGGUUUCCUUUGGUUUUCUGAUCUGGAUCACUUGAUCGCGUUUCGCUGCAUUUUUGUUUCUUGAUCAAAAUGAUGGAAGAAGUUCAAGAACACAAGUUUGUGUGCAGGAUUUGUAACAAGGGCUUCCCUAAUGGGAAGUGCAUGGGAGGUCAUAUGAGGGGUCAUUUGCCCAAAAAACCAGCUAAAAAUCAUGGCAAUCAAAAGGGUUUGAGGCUUAAAGAAAACCCUAUAAUCUCUUGGAGGGUCUCAAGUGCUAAAGAAAGAAUUCCAAGGAAAGAAAAUCAAUGCAAAGAAUGUGGCAAAGAGUUUCCCUCAUUGAGAGCUCUAUCUGGUCAUAUGAGAUGUCACUCAACCAAGGCAAUAGAAGAGGAUUGUAAAUGCAAAGAAUGCGGCAAAGGUUUUGUUUCAAUGAGGGCUUUGUUUGGUCACAUGAGACAUCACUCCAAAAGAUCCAGGGAGAUCAAUGAAUCUGAGACUCUGUGUUCGAUUCAGAGAAAGCGAUCAAGGAUGAGGUACAAAACGAAUCGCAAAUUCUGUUUAUCUGAUUCGAACGAAUCUUUUCAUGUUUCCGAGAUUGAUGAAGAAGAGGAGGCUGCUGUAUGUUUGAUGAUGCUUUCUAGGGGUGUGAGAAAUCGCGUCGAUUUUAGUUACUCUGAUAUGUUUGAAGCUAAAGCACUGGACAAAAGUAAGGGUGGAAAAUUAGCAAGUAAAGCUGAUGGGACUAAGGAGAUGAAACUGAGUGGGAGAUUAGAUUCUAGUGUCUCAUGUUCUAGGUACUCUUUGCUUGGAAAGAAUGACACUGAAUCUGGUGAUUUAGGUUCUGGGUUCAUGAGCAAAAAUGAAAGGAAUGUAGCAUUGGGGAUUACCAUGAACGGGUUUCACGAGGUUGAUGAAUUCAAGAAGCCUGGAAUAGUUUCUUCUGAUGUUGAAAUUGAGAACUGGGAGAGUGACCAUAUUGAAGAUGAACUGGAAAAGGAGCAGGCUGACUCAGAAAUGAUGGUAACCAACUUGAGCGAAGAGGCCGGUUUUGAUGAUCAGGAUCCAGAAUUUGGGGAAAAUACUAGUGAUGAAGAUAGUGAAUCAAAUUCCAGGCUUGAGUCCAAUGAGAAAUUGCUUGAGCAGGAAAAUGGUGGGAAAGCUAUGAAAAGUCAUGAGUGCCCAACUUGCUUCAAGGUUUUCCCAUCAGGCCAAGCCUUGGGAGGUCACAAAAGGGCUCACUACAAUGCAUUUCCUGAAGAUAAAACCAAAGAAUGUGUGCUGACAAAGCAAGAACUUCCUUCUGGUAUUCAUGGUAUUUCCGAUCUUAACGUCCCUGUAACUCCUGAAAAAGAGGCAAAUGAGGACAACGAGGACGACGAUGAAGGUGAUAGUGUUGGUUUUGAGCCAUGUUGGGCUGGGAUUGAUUGCGGGCGUGAGCCGCUGGUGAUCUCUAGUUUUGAUCAAACUGACUCUUUCUAGGAAAAUGUACAGGUUUAGGAUCAUGACACACACAGAGAUACAGGUAGAAUUUUCAUUUUCUUCUGCUGCAAAGAAUGCAAGUAGGCAAGUAGCAAGUAUUUCCCUUUUCCUCUUAAUUCCUCCUUGUUUUACUUCCUUUCAAAUCUGCUUGUGUUUCUCUUUCUGACCUGGAA